AUAUAGGUCCGGAUGGCAUCGAAAGAUCAUGAGAUGAAGGGGGCGGGAGCAUCCUGGAGGAUCUUGACUUGAUACAUGUCUUGUGUGGUCAGAAUAGAAGGGACUCAUCCUUGAUUGUCUGCCUAUCAAGAUCAAAAGGAGCCACUCCACCUGUCGGAAGUCGGUCGCGCGACUCAGGACAAUCGACAACGAGUCGCAGGAGAAUCGCAGGAACCGGCUAUGACAGGGACAGAAGAGAUCGAGAGCCCCGUUGCGGGACCAUCGAUGAGUUUACGACGGUUCCAAGAUCCACCGACUGCAUCUCACAUGAGUUCCGCUUCUUCGCUCGGCCCGAGUAUAUCCCGGAUCAUCAGUACUGGGAUCACUUAUGAUCCUGCCUCGACAUGUGAUUCCGGCGCGGUCUCUGCUUCGAGCGACCCAUCACUUGCCGGCAGAAGACGGAAGCCAGAUAGUAGUCGAAUACGACCUGCUGGCACCACAUCCGCCCCGGCAUCACCUCCGAUAUCGGUCGAUUCCGAGCGAGGAGGGGUAGUCACCACCCCUCAACCUAUCAUGGAGCUUGAUCAGGACGAAAAACAUGAGGAAAAUGAACAUCUCCCUGCGCAAGCUGUUGAUAUAGAGCACGCGCCGUGCGAGGAUGAUCCGAGAGAAUGGAGUUAUAUGAAGAAACAUUUUGUCCUGAUCAUGAUCACAUUUGCAUUCCUUGGCCCACUUAUCGCCGCGAGCAUAUAUAAUCCUGUCAUUGAGCAGAUCAAAGAGGAUCUACACGCAAGUAAUGUGGAGAUUGGGUUGAGUUUGAGUCUGUACAUAUUGUGUCAGGGUUGGUUCCCCGUCAUGUGGGCUUCGAUCGCCGAGAUCAUCGGUCGAAAGCCUGUCUACCUCUCAUCUUACUUUCUCUAUACCAUCGCUACGACAGUCGCGUCUCGCUCUCCCAAUAUGCCCACUUUAGUCGCCAUGCGAGCUGUCAUGGCCAUCGGAUCCGCAGCUGUCACUUGCCUCGGAGCAGGCACGCUGGCAGACGUUUUUGAGGUUCACGAGAGAGGUAAAAAGCUCGGCUUCUUUUACGGCGUUUCCCUUGUUGGACCUGCUAUUGGGCCAUUCCUCGGUGGUCUUCUAGGCCAUGCAUUCGGUUGGAGAAGUACACUCUACUUUCUGGCGGCUUACGCAGCCGUCGUUGACUGCUUGUUCUUCUUCUUUCCCGAUACGUGGCGAAAAGAGCGAUCGAGGAUAUAUCAAAAGGCUGUACGCAAUGCCUCGAAGCGGAAAAUGCACCAGGACGAGAAGGCCCAACGCAGAGCAACUCAGCUUGACAUAUCUCUUUCUGCAACGGAGAAACCACCAUCAGACGGGGAUACACCUCGAAAUUAUGAUCUUCCUGAGCCAGGUUCUCGUGGUCAGGUCGUGGUCUGUGACGAAAGAUCUCAAGAUCAUGGCUCAGGCCAAGCUGGUGAAAAAGCUCCGGUUGCGCAACACUGUACAGAGACGACCACGUUCCGUCCCACUUUGCGUGAUGUCAACCCAUUGCCGAGCAUGUGGACCAUUGCAAAGAUGCCGACGAAUCUACUGAUGAUAGGGUGCUCUGGCUUGAUGUUCGGUGCCCAGUACUGCAUCCCCUAUACUGCAAGUUUGACGCUGGCUAAAUACCCGUAUGACUACAAUUCAUUCAAGAUUGGCCUGGUUGUUCUUGCCUUUGGCGGUGGCUCUCUCGUCGGAAGUGUGAUAGGCGGGAGAUUAUCCGAUAGAGCACUGGCCAUCUCUCGGAGAGUCAAUAAAGGCGUCAACAUCCCAGAAUUCAGAUUACGCAGCACGAUCCCUUUCAUGCCGUUCAUGGUAGGGUCUUUCCUAGCUUACGGUUGGAUGGCGGAGCAGCACGUCGAUAUCGCAGGCAUCGUCGUCAUUCUCUUCUGUACGGGAAUCUUCCUCAUGCUCGUCUACUCUAGCGCAUUCGCUUAUCUCGUGGACGCCAAUCCUGGCCAGAGUUCUUCUGCCAUCUCCUUCAAUUCCCUCGUACGAGGUAGCGUGGGAUGCGUUCUCUCACAGAUCGCCAUCCCGAUUCAGACCGCCAUUGGCGACGGAGGUCUAUACACACUCAUAGCGGGUCUCCUCAUGUUCACGUCAGCAGGGAUCAUUUUAAUCAUGUGCAAAGGAGCAAAAUGGCGGGAUCCCGUACAUCGAUUUCAUUGGCCGUGGAGCAAGUGGGAAGCAGAAGAGCAGGAUGAUGGUCCAUCUUCACGGCCUUCAAUGGAAUCUGCAGCGUCUCGUCUCGGGCAAGCUCAGUAACCUAGCCCAUGACAAACAUCCCUCGUUGUACACUAUAUGCAUUAUCGAUUUCCCUCCCUCC